AUGACAAUUAAAAAGUUUGAAAGUGACCCCGAUUUUGCAUUCCCUCUCGAGGAAGCCACAGCGGUAUUUUCAUCUCGAGCAAUAUUGACUGUUCAGUAUGUAUCUAUGGGUGACAUAAUUGAUCUUUCAGCAUUGGUGUCUGUUUCAGCGGUUAAGAUGGUCAGUUCAAGAACACUGGAAGGCUAUGUUUCUGGGGUUAAGACAAAAGUUAUAACCUUUGAAACAAAUGGGCCCGCUUCCAGUUCAUAUAUAUUUGUGAUGACCGAUCUUCCUUUAGCUAACUGGACUGGAAGUUACUUGGCACAUUUAGCCAGAGAUUCAGAUGCUUUCAAGCUUUUUGUUCUUAGAGAAGAAGAUGCAUUGGUAGAAAGAACAAUGAAGAAAGUUGUGGCUGCUAGACGAGGCAUGAAAUUUGGUUUUGGUCUGAGAGUUUUGAUGGGAUUGUGA